AUGUAGUCGAGUUUAUAUCAGAAGACAUUUAGCGUUUGCCAAGAAAAGAAAUUAAAUAACAGCUAAUAAUAUGAGGGUGUACAUUGUCGCAUUCUUUCUAAGCGUAGCUUCUUGUGCGCGCCUAGAUAAUUUAUCCUAUCUUCCUCCUAAUCAAGGAUCUCAAUUCUCUGUUAAUCAACGUAACACCGCUGGACUUAAUAGUUAUUCCAGUGGAGGUUUUGCUGCAGGUAGUUUUUCCGGUCAUUCCUCGUCCACUGGAGCUAGUGCAGAAACUUUUAAGCAAAUUCCAAUUUUAAAACUUGCUUCUGAUAAUAACGGAGACGGUACCUACAAAUUAAACUACGAAACAGAGAACAAGAUCUCUGCCGAAGAGCAAGGUGAUGCUAGAGGAGAUGGAACUAAGGCCCGAGGUUCUUUUGGUUACACUGGAGUUGAUGGUCAACAAGUUUCAAUUUCAUAUACUGCUGAUGAAAAUGGUUUUGUAGCCCAAGGUGCUCAUAUUCCGACUCCACCUGCAAUUCCCGAAGCUAUUCUAAAAGGUCUUCAAGAAAGUGCAGCUGCUGAAGCCAAUGGUAUACUUGAUGAUGGUUUUUACCAUGGAGAAGGUUUGGAGGAAUCUCAGUAUCAUGGAGAAGGUCUUAACGAAGGACAAUACCGGGGUGAGGGUUUGGAUACUGGUUCUGGUGCGUCUUCCUCUUCCCGCACUUUUGGAACAAGUGCCAUUAAUGGAAAUUCUGCUAUUAAUGGAGGAUAUCGAUACUAAAUUUAUGUGGAUUUUGUAUUAUAAAUUUGUAAAAUUGAAUUUGUAGAGCGUUUUGUCAAAUAAAAGCUUAAUAUUUUUUAUCAUGAA